GGAGACAGUCUUACCUGACGAAUAACGGUCUCAAAUUCAAAAAGAUCUACAAAUGGCCUUGAAGUAACUGUUACGUCUCUAUUUAUCGAUAAGACCACCCCUUGCGUAGUGUUACAAUUUGCAAACUAAACUUGUGUCAUUAACCCGUUCCGAUAUCCGGUACAUCCUGCACACAUUCCAAAACGAUAAUCGCGUUCAAUUACACGCAGUUCUGCUCCACAAUAGAGACAAAAAACCCGUUCGUGACGUCGUAGUUUGCCACACCAAAUGCCUAUUGACCGUGCUGAAUGUUGUUGUUAGAAGAGCCCUACAGAGCAGUUCACAGUAAUGACAUCAUCAUUUCGUACGAUGUGUUUCGGUACACCUCCUCGUCCACCCGUUCGGUCCGGUUGUGUGAUUCAUCACCAUGCUUCACAUGCUGAUUUGACAAAUGAUCUUAUGCUGAGGGCUUUUUGAUAGGUCGAAUCGAAAAAUGUCCGCACCCUCUCACCCGGUUGGUUGCGACAUCGCUACCUCCUAACCGUUUUAAUGGCACCCUCUCGCUCUCCCACUGUCUCGUUCGUUUCUCCGGAGAUCGUGCCAAAGAUAUUCGAAGAUCAAUAUGUGUCUGUGUGUUGGUACGAGACGCCACCACAGGGAAGCUGUGAUCUGCGAGCGCGUAAAUCGUUCGCGCACCGGUUAGCAGAUGAAGUUAACCGUUCGACCUGCGCGGAGCACGUUUCUAGCUUUAGUCGCACGAAGUGUAGCGUACAAAAAUUGAUUUUGAAAAGCCAUUGUUUAGGUUUGGUGUUUAGUGCAUAUUGGUAACGUGUUGAGUGUUUGAGUAGUGUGAACAAUGAGCUAUUUAUACGAUUAUGUGGAAAAGUACUUGCCAACGUCGUGGCGAAGAAAACGCAUCCGUCGUCCUAUUAUAUGGUCCUCUCCAGAGUAUUCACCCUCCGCUGAUGUGCUGACGGUAAAGUCGGUCGAUCUUUGCACGGAGGAAAACGGUAAAGAUCAUCACACCAAGCGAUAUGAGCUGAUGAGCCGGGAUGAGUAUAGUGGGAAGAUACCGAAGCUGGUCGUACGUCGAGGACAACCGUUCCGUUUGCGGCUGGUAUGCGAUCGUCCGUACGAUCGGGCUCGCGAUGCGUUGAGCCUUAUAUUCACCGUAGCUGAUGAGGAUCAGCCAACGCACGGUCACGGGACGUUGGUGGGCAUUCCGGUUAAUCAGUUCCCGGAGCAGCUUGGCGAACCGGAGGAGUGGGGUGCCGCGAUCGAAGCGAUCAAUGGUGAUCUGCUCCAGGUGUUGGUGAAGCCGGCAGCGACGGCUCCGGUCGGUCAGUGGAAGCUGGACAUUGAUACGAAGCUGCUGAGUGAAGCGUUCGGUAAGAGUUAUUCGCUUCCGCAGGCGUUCUACGUCCUAUUCAAUCCAUGGUGUCCGGAUGAUCUCGUGUACAUGGAAGAGAAAGCACACCGUCACGAGUAUGUGAUGAGUGACACGACACUCAUCUACCGUGGAUCUUACAAUCGACUACGACCCUCGGUGUGGAAGUUCGGACAGUUUGAAAAGCACGUCCUGGAUUGUUCUCUACUGCUGAUUGCAAAGAUCGGCAAGGUUAGUGCAACGCACCGGGGCGAUCCGGUCAGGGUGUGUCGUGCCAUCUCGGCCGCAGUCAACUCACCGGACGACGAUGGUGCACUGAUGGGCAACUGGAGUGGAGACUUCUCGGGUGGAACUCCACCGACCAAGUGGGUUGGAUCGGUGGAGAUACUGCAGCAGUUCUACAAGCGACAGAAGCCGGUCAAGUUUGCCCAGUGCUGGGUGUUUGCGGGUGUUGUGUCUACAAUUUGUCGUGCCAUCGGUAUACCGUCCCGUGUCGUAACGAACUACUCCUCAGCGCACGACACGCAAGCCUCCCUCACGGUGGACUACUUCGUGGACAAGAGUGGCAAAAUUAUGGAGGAGAUGAACGCCGACUCCAUCUGGAACUAUCACGUGUGGAAUGAGGUGUGGAUGCAGCGGCCCGAUCUGGGCAUCAGCUCGGACGGUGACUAUGGUGGUUGGCAAGCGAUCGAUGCAACGCCCCAAGAAAGCUCGGACGGAAUGUUCCGCUGUGGACCGGCGUCCGUGCUGGCUGUAAAACUGGGCGAAGUGCUCAAACCGUACGAUAAUAACUUCCUCUUUGCGGAGGUUAAUGCGGACAAGGUGUUUUGGCGCUACACCGGGCCACACCAUCCGCUGAAGUUGCUGCGCAAGGAUGUGCUUGGAAUUGGGCUGUUUAUCAGCACGAAGGCAGUCGGACGGUGGGAGCGGGAGGACAUUACGUCAAGCUACAAGUUUGCGGAAAAGUCGGAAGAAGAACGGGCCACGAUGCUGAAGGCGCUGAAGCAAGCUAACAGCUACUUUAGCCGCUACUAUCUGAACGAGGAGUUCAAUGAGGUUUACUUUAACUUUGAGCUGCGGGAUGAUAUUAAGAUCGGUGAACCGUUCAGUGUGAUAUUGACGGUCAAAAAUCGAUCAUCGGAAAACCGGCACGUGGUAGAGGGAUCGCUUCACGUCGAUACCGUACUGUACACGGGCAAAGAUCGGGAAAGCGUAAAGGUAGACAAAUUCUCCGUCACACUUGAACCUGGCACAGAAGAGUCCAUCCGUAUGAUCGUUGAGUUCCACGAGUACUAUCGCAAGCUGCGCGAUCAGGCAGCAUUCAACAUCUCCUGUAUGGCGACCGUACUCGAUACGGAGUUUGAGUUCUACGCGCAGGAUGAUUUCCGUGUGCGCAAGCCGGAUAUAAAGAUAUCGCUGCUUGGUAAGCCAGUAUCGCAAGCACCCGUUGAUGUGCAGUUUACGCUUGAAAAUCCGCUCCCCAUACCGCUGCACAAGGGACUGUUCCAUCUGGAAGGUUCGGGUAUUGGCAAGCCGCUUCUUUUUAAGCACGCUGAAAUUGCACCCGGAGAGAAGGUCUCCAACACGUUCACUAUGACACCACCGUACUCGGGACGGUUGACGCUCGCUGCCAAGUUUACCUCGAAAGAGCUGGACGAUGUGGACGGCUUCUUGGCGUUCCUCGCCCAUCCACGACCGGAGGAUAUCAUCACGGAGGUGGAAGAUAACGUAAUCGUUGCCCGGACGGACGUGAUCGAUUAGGGAAUAGGGGCCAAAGAACUUGCCAUUUGUAGUCACUACUUACCAAUUCUAGGUUUAAAUCUCUCACUCACACUAUGACUCUCUCACUCUCUAUCCCCGUGUGUGUUACUCACUAACUGCCAACAUGACGUGCGUAAUGUGUUUUGAAAAAAAUCAACUGUAUUUAAUUAAACAUUAUAGUAAACACAAAUAAACAGUGCCACAAAACAAACCAA